CACCCGAGUAGAGAGCAGAGUGGUGUGUUUAUAUGUUGCUUCACCAGUCUGAUUAUCUGUAGCUUAUUAAUCAGUGUGUUUAUUUAAUGCGGCCAGUUUUAGCACAUAUUACCAAUACACUGGAUAUAUACAAUUACAUGAUUGGAUCUUUGAUAAGUCGAUAAGCGACUGGAAAUGAGGAUUUCUCCAGCUUUACUCACAGCUGCUCAGUUCAGGACUGUGUUUGAUUUCGGAGAGAGACAAAUUGCACACUGGUUCCCUGGACAUAUGGCUAAAGGACUCAAGCAGAUGAGAGCUAGCCUGAGGAAGGUGGACUGCAUCAUUGAAAUCCAUGAUGCCAGAAUCCCAUUUUCUGGAAGAAAUCCUUUGUUUCAAGAGAGCCUUGAUGUCCGGCCACAUUUACUCAUCCUGAAUAAGAUGGACCUGGCAGACAUGUCAGACAAAUUGAGUAUACUGAAACAGCUUGAGAGAGAUGGAGUUGAGAAUGUCUUGUUCACAGACUGUCUAAAGCAAAGAGAUGAGAGUAUUAAAAAGAUAGUUCCUCUUGUAACAGACCUAAUAGAGAACGCACCUCGUUUCCACAGAGAGGAGAACAGAAGUUAUUGCCUAAUGGUGAUCGGCGUGCCAAAUGUUGGGAAAUCUUCUUUGAUUAAUGCUUUAAGAAGGACAAACCUGAAAAAAGGCAAAGCUUCAAGGGUUGGAGGUGAACCUGGAAUUACCAAAGCUGUCCUGACAAAAAUCCAGGUGUGCGAAAGACCCGUAAUACAUUUGCUUGACACACCAGGAGUGCUGUCUCCGAAGAUUGAGAGCGUAGAGACCGGGAUGAAACUCGCCUUAUGUGGUACCAUACUGGACCACUUGGUUGGAGAAGAGAUCAUAGCUGAUUAUCUGCUUUUUUCACUCAACAGACUCCAGCGGUUUGGCUAUGUGGCGAGGUAUAAUCUAGACACACCAUCUGAUGAUAUUCAACAUGUGCUGAAGUGUAUCGCUGUUAAGUUAGGCAAGACUCAGCGAGUGAAAGCCAUCACAGGAGUAGGCGACAUUACUGUCAGAAUGCCGAACUACACUGCUGCAGCGUAUGACUUCAUCAGAGCUUUCCGUAAAGGAGAGCUGGGCAAAGUCAUGCUUGACUGAUAAAACAUGAAACAUGUUGCUUAUGCUGAUGAGAGAUUCAUGAUAUUCAUGGUAAUGGCAACUGUGAUAAUCCUGUAUUUAUAUAUUGACUAAGACCCCGUCCACACGUAGCCGGGUAUCUGCUAAAUCGAAGGUAUUUUUCUAUGUUUUGGCCUGUCAUCCACAUGAAAACACAUCAAAAACGAAUAUUUUAAAAAACUCCGGGCAAAGUGAAGAUUUUUGAAAACUCCGUGUAUGCCUUUUCGUGUGGACAGAGAUAACCGGAGGUUUGCGUUUUAGAAUGUCACAAUCUGCGAUAAAAAAAUGACAACAAAUCUGCCCUGACGUCAAACGUGCGACCUUUGUUUACUGCAGAAGCCAGAUUAAGCAUGGACUUAAGCUAGCCGCACACUACGGCGAUCCACGCGGUACCGAACCGACCCAUUUCAGAGCCGACUCCCGACAGGGCACGCACAUAUCGCCCGACUGUUGACGAGUGCAGUCGCGAUUGAAGCGACACGUGACAACUUAAUAGCUUUGUGAUUGGCUAUUGGAUAUAGUUACUGUUAAAUCCAACACUUGAAGAUGCUACAGGCUGAAUUACAAAUGACACAACAUGGAAUAUGUAGCGCACUAUCUAGGCUGCAUGAGCUAUUAUUUCCAACCUUAAAUAGUGCACUUAUAUAGGGGAGUUAAAGCGAUUUGGAAUUCAGCCACACAACUUGAGCAGAGUGGCUUUCCAGCCCACUGUGUCUAUGGAUAAAGCUUCAGUCUAUGGAAUUACAGUAUAUACCUGCAUUAGGUGCUACCAACACGUAUUUCUCGCGCUAGAAAUUGUGUUUAAUGAUGUCACGUGUUAUAUGCGAAAGAUAUGAUUGGUUAUUGCUAGCGACUCUCGCCGAUCAGUCUGGCUCCCGAUUAGUUUUUCGAAUCGGCUGUGAGAUUAGUCGGUACCAUCGAAAACUAGUCUUUACGCCUGACUCGCGACUUCAGUUGGCUCGGUACGCUGAAAAUCGGCAUAGUGUGCGGCUAGCUAAAGAGUAAUGGAUCGGAGUAGUGCCUUGAAAGCGUUAAUUAUUGUGCAGGUGCUAUUUACAUCUUUAAUUUUAGAAGCCCAACUACUGCUCCAAGAGCACAGGCGAUGUGAUUAGGGGGUAGGAUUUGGGGAAAUAAUGCCAUCUACAGGUUUGGAAUGCUUAUGAAUGUGAUUGAAAACGCAGAUGUUCGGUUAUGUGUGGAAGGGAUUUUUUUCGAAGACGAGGUGGUGUGGAUAAAACAUUUUUAUAAACGGAGGGGGGGAAAUGUUCGGUUUUAAAAAUACCCGGCUACGUGUGUACAUGGCAUGAAUUUGACUGCACUAAGAUACUUUGGUGUUGUUUCUUAUAUUUCUCUGAUGUAAUAUAAAUUAAAUACUGUGUGCAAACAAUAAAACAUUUAUA